AUAACCUGAAAGUCUGCCGGGAACCCAUUGAAUAUUGCUGAGAUCCGGUAAUUGAGAGGGCCAUUUGCUGCAUUCCAAUUCACAAUGGGUCCCCAGUUCAAGAUGUUCUCCGGGUCUCAAAUGGCCCUGUUCCGGCCUUCAUGCUUCACGACACCUUGCACAGCGCUUCCCCUUUCGCGAUGCUUCUCCACGACCACACCGGCCCUGGAUUGGCUCACUCCCAAGUACGCCGAGGUGUCGAAGUCUCCGAAGGGUCGCCCGCAUGUCCCGACCGGUGGUUCCUCGCGCGGUACGACUGUCGUCUGGGGUGACUACGGCUUGCGGAUGAAGGAUCACGAUCGUCGGUUGCCCGCCCAUUCUCUCAAGAUCGCCGAAGAAACCAUCAAGAGACGCCUGAGGGGUAUGAACUAUACGCUAUACAAGCGAGUCAGCGCGAACAUCGGUGUUUACACCAAGGGUAACGAGCAGCGUAUGGGUAAGGGUAAGGGAAAGUUCGACUACUGGACGGCGAAGGUCGCUGUGAGCAGAAUCGUCUUUGAGCUGAAGGGCGACCUGCACGAGAAGGUUGCCAGAGAAGCUUUCCGUCUGGCCGGUCACAAGCUGCCCGGACUCUGGGAGUUUGUGAAGAAGGGCGAGCCCCCGGUGGUCGGACUGACGAAACUUGGCAACGGAGUGACCCUGGAGAGCCUCAAGCGUGCCCGCAGAAGCCCAGCCCUUGGGAUGGAGAAUCUCCCUACGCCCCCACAGUCGACCUCCUCCAGCCCGUCCGCCUCUCAAUAAAUAGACCCAACGCCCGUUUCGAAUUCUUGGAGAAUCUGUUCAUUACCCAUGUUUUAUUUACAAUUAUCUCGUGGCACCUAAGCCCCGACACCUGAGCCAGGCCCAUAUCCCUGUUCUCUCCUGAGCCUUGCCGCCAGC